AUGCGGACCUCCCCUCACUCCUCUCCUCCUCACAGCCAGACCUCGCCAAAUGGGCCGGCCCGCAACGGCACGGUCCGGCCUGAGUUAAACGGGCCACCCCUCCCCACCCGAUGCUCAGAAAAAAAAACCUCUCCCCACCCACUCUCUCCCCCUCCCAGCCACUCACUCUACCCCCCUCCUCUCCCCCGCGAUGGCGUUGGCCGAUGUCCCUCUCAGUCUCUCCCCUCCUCUCCCCACCGCGCCGCCCACCACGUGCGUCUCCCAACUACGCCGCCGCCCCCGCUGCCGCCGCCCUCCUGCGCUGCUGCGAAGGAGGCAACCACCGCCGCCCACCUGCGCAGCUCAACAACCGCCGACCCACCUCGCCCACCGCGGCCCACAGCUGGACCACCUCCUCCCCGAGGAGACCAGGAACUCCGCCUCGCCGAGAGCUACGCCAUCCUCGAGCCGCGCUUGCUGGGGAGCCGUGGAUCGACGGAAUCGCUCCCAUCUCCUCCCACUCGCGCCUCUCCUAUCUUCCCCGAUCCGUUCAAAAGAAUUAGGGUGCCCCGCCGGUGUAGUGGUGCGCCGCUCGCCGCCGCUGGAGGUCCGCUGCUCGCCACCUCCCCCCCUCUCGAUUGCUUGCUAUGCAGCCUGGGCGUCGUGGUCCACCGCUCGCUGCCGCUGGACGGCUGGAGGUCGUCGGCACCCAAGUACCGCCCAUGCUCUGGCGCUUGCACGCCGCCGGCCCUGCCCCAUCCCACCCUCCGCCACCACCUUCCCCACCCAGAGCUCGGAUUUACGACGCCCACUGCUUUCCAGUUCGAGCUUCGCCUCGACCUCAUCCCUGCUGCCGCCGUCUUCCUUGAACUAAGGAAGCCCUCAUCUGAUACGCUCUCGUCCGCGACGUGCUUCUCCAACCAUUGGUACGUGACGGUGGUUCGGUCCGGGAGGUGGCUCCUGCAAUCCUGGCGUCGCCGCAGCAGUGGUUCCAUUCCGGCGGCAUCAGGGGAGCACACAACGUCCACGAGCAGCAAGCAGAGCCGGCCAAUGAUGCAGCAGCGCUGGCCAUGAGGAGACGCCUGCCGUGGCGGACGCGGAGACAACAGCCAUGGGCGUGGAAGACGGUUUUGGAUCCUGUGAGCCGCCAUCGCUGCCGCACAGGAAGUCAACGUGGGCCUUCUGCUGCUCCAUGUCCAACAAGUCGCCCACGAGGCGUCAGUGUGGCAUUGCUAGCUCCAGCUUCCCCCUGCAAUCGUCUCUGCCGCCAGCACUUGCACGCAAUCGUGCUGGUUUAUGUAGUUCAAGAUCAAAGGCAAGAAUCAGCCAAAUAUGAUGAUGAGAACAAGGCUAAUGACGGAGAACCUUCAUCUAUCGAAGCUGAGCAGUCUAUUGGGAUACUAAAUUUCAAUGCGCAUCCUAAGUUUUAGUUACCUGAAAUCAAGGCCAGUUUCAGUCGAUGCCGAAGUAAACUACCACAUACGUGAUGAACUUGAGAAAAUCCAUGCACUUCAAUUGGACAGGAGUUUUUUGCCACGUAAUCGAUGAUGCACUUCACGUGACAGAAUUGUCAGCAAGAGGGGGUACAGGCAUAUCUGACACCAUUUUCUCUUCCGGCGCCUUGCUAUGUGCAUUUCCCAUUCGUACCUAUCAUUUUUCAACAUCAUUAGUAUUGAUGUGGUAUGUAUACUGAACAAUUGGCUUGCCAUGUAUUUUUGGUGUUCCAACUGGAAACAUGGGGAAGAAAUGACUACAUUGUAUACAUCUGAUAAACAUUUAUUGUCUUGGGAUGUAUUUUUGGUGUUCGAACUGGGAACAUGGAGAACAUUUUGUUAA